UUUGGUUUUGUUUUGCAGGCGGUCAUGUCGGUUCUUCCAGAUCUUCACCUGCASUAUGUGCAGGCCUGUCAAAAUCUGAGCCAGCCUGAAAACCCCUUCAUUGCUCGUGUGCUUCAAGAAGCUGAUACAAAUGAUGAAAUAAGUACAAAAGGAAUCACAUUAAAAUUAGCUGGAAAUAAUCAUCUGGUGCCUGUGCCAAGAGUGACAGAUGAUGAUCUUGGAGUUCUCGUCUCUAUCUUAGGCCAAGCUGAGUUUGUCACAGGUUUGGAUCUUGCCUAUAGUGAAUUGACUGAUGCUGGAGCACAGACCAUGGCAACAUUCCUCCAGGAAAACUCCACUCUGAGGUACCUGAACCUGAUGUUCAAUGACAUUGGCACAAAUGGGGCAGAGCUGAUAGCAGAAGCACUCCAUAAGAAUGGAAGUCUUUUGCAUCUGAGAAUGACUGGUAACAAAAUAGAAAACGAAGGUGGGAUGUUCUUUGCUUCAAUGCUAAAUAUUAACACAACCUUAGAAAAGCUGGAUCUUGGAGAUUGUGAUUUGGGCCUGCAGUGUCUGGUAGCAAUAGCCUUAGCUCUGACUCAGAACAAAUCACUCAAAGCAAUAAACCUAAAUCGUCCUUUGCUAUCCACCCAACAGGAGGAGGCCACAGUUCAUAUAGCUUGGAUGUUGACAACUAACACUUCUCUUGUGGAACUACACUUGGGCAAGCAUGGAAUGAAAAACUUUGGUGUAGAACGACUGUGUGAGGCCCUGCAAAAAAACUCCAGCCUGAGAUACCUUGACCUUAGCUGUAACAACAUAACUGCUGAUGGCGUAAAAUUUUUGGAAAUACUACUAAGAAACAACAAAACCCUGGAAAUCCUGGAUCUUGGUGCAAACCGAAUAGAAGAUGUGGGAGCCAUUUACCUGAGUGAGGCUUUGGCUACACAGAACAGGACUCUGAGGGUGUUGUCCGUUGUAAGCAACAGUAUAACUGGCAAAGGACUUGUWGCUCUUUCAGUUGCAAUGCAAAGUAACAUGAAACUUACCCAUAUUUAUAUCUGGGGGAACGAAUUCGACAGAAACACUUGUGCUGCAUUCUCAACGCUGAUCAAGAUGGGCCGCCUGGACCUGGACUGCACGGAUGUGGCUCCCUACGAGGUGGACGGGGAGAUUUACCUGGCAGAGCUGUCCCACGGGCCGGGGAGGCACCGCUACUGGGCCCCGCGCAGCGACGCUGUGGCCCCCAGUGCYGCCAACGCCAGCCUGGAGAUUGUCCCUGUCUCGGAGUAUUUGAAGGAUGGAGCAACAAGAACAAAAGUUGRGGAUACACCGAAUGUGGUGGUUUGA